AUGUCGCUAACAUUAAUUCGCCAUGAUGAAGAAGAAAAAAGAAAAAAUAGUCUUCAUAACCCCACGGGGCGUAUAGGACAUUCUCUUCACUUUUAUUAUGAUAUAAGCCAAAAUAAUAAUACUUCGGAAAAUAGCUCAAUACAAGAAAAAGAAGAAAAUAAACUGAAUGACGAUAAUAUAAAUGAUAAUAAUAUUAAUGAUGAUAAUAUUAAUGAUGAAAAUAUUAAUGAUGAUAAUAUUAAUGAUGAAAAUAUUAAUGAUGAAAAUAUAAAUGAUGAUAAUAUAAAUGACAAUAUAAAUGAUGAUAAUAUAAGUGAGGAGAAGAAUGAUAUUCCUAGUUUUAAUCACCAUUUUAAUGGGAAAUAUAAAAUAAUAUUAUAUGGUGGUGGGUUACUAGAUUAUGAUUUUGCCAAAAAUUAUGCGAGUGAAUUUUUAAUGAAUGUUCAUGGUGAAUAUAUCAAAUCUGAAAAUAAUGAAAAUAAUAAUGAUAGAAAAGGUAAUAUAAAUGAUUCAACAAGUUUAGAAAAUUAUUUAAUUAAAACAUAUAAUGAUACAUAUAUAUGUGAAGAAGAAAAUGGAAAAUUUAUAAACUGGAAAAAAAUUAAAACUUAUAAUGCACCAUCACCUAGGGCUUUUCAAGCUUCAUGUGUAGUAAAUUUAGGACGUAAUGGAGUAUUUUUAUUUAUACAUGGAGGAAAAACAAAGAAUAAUAUAUUAGCAGAUAAUAAAUUGCAUGCUUUGAAUUUAACAGUUGUAUCAUCAUAUGGUAAUAAUAAGAAUGCGACGAAUGAUGAAAAUGAACAUGAUAAUAUUUUAAGUGAAAGUAAUAAUGAUAACAUUUUAAGUGAAAGUAAUAAUAAUAACAUUUUAAGUGACAAUAAUAAUCAUAAUAAUAAUAUUAAUAAGGGUAAUCACCAUAGUAAUGAUGAAAGGAACAAUUAUAAUGAAGACCCUAAAAAAAUUGAAGAACAUAAUAUUAAUCAUGGAAAGAACUCAGAUAUGUUAAACGAACAUGAAAUAAAUUCUGUGAAUAAUAUUUGCAUAGGUAAUAAUAUAAAAAAAAAUAAAAGUCAUAGGAACUACUCAUCCUCAUCAGAUGUAGAAUCAAAUAAUCAUGUUUCCUCAUCAGUCCCUACACUAACCUCAUCCUCAAAUUCAUCAGAUUCGUCAAACUUAUCUCGACCUCCAUUUUAUUUUAAAAACGAAAAAGAUAUGAUAAAUAAUAAUAAUGAUGUAUGUAUAAAUUCUCGUAAACCUAUCAAUGAUAUGUUAAAAACGGACACUUCUAGUUGCUCUAAUUAUAGUUCUGAUUAUGCAUAUUCAAGUGAAUCAGAACAAAUUAAAAGAAAAUGGGUCGAGAUAAGAGUUAAAGGAAAAAAGCCUAGCAAGAGAUAUGGACAUAGUUUAGAUUUUUUAUAUCCCCAUUUAAUUUUAUUUGGUGGGAAUGAUGAAAUGUGGGAUGAAGAUCAUUCUUAUUGUAAAAAUGAUUUAUGGAUUUUAAAUAUUGAAAAAUGUAAAAAAGGAAAAGAAAAAAAAGAUGGACAUACACAUUUUUAUUUAUAUUUUAUAUGGGAAGAAAUAAAUUAUCAAUAUGUAAAUCCAUUAGGAAGAUCUUUUCAUUCAACUGCCAUAUGGUAUGAUGCAAAAAAAAAAAAAAAUAAUUUAAUUUUAUAUGGUGGUAAAAUGAAAGAUCAAAAUCUUUGUAGUAGAAUAUUUUUAUUACAAUUUAAUGGAUAUGUAUGGUCUUGGUCUAUUCUACCUGUAUAUGUUAAUUCUUUAAAUGAACAUAGAGCAUAUCAUUCUAUGAUAUGUGUUAAUAAUUAUUUAUUUAUUAUAGGAGGUGAAGAAUAUAAUUAUAAAUAUAUAGAAAAAAUGCCUUCAGCUUUAUAUUCUUUUGAAUCCAAAAAAUUUCAAUAUAUUAAUGAUUUUACAGCAAAGGCAUGUUUAAAAUGUUUUGCAAAACAAGAUAUUAUUUAUUCAUGGGGGGGAUUUACAGAUAUACCAUUUGAUCAUAAUUUCUUCCCAAAUAAUUUUGUUUUGCUUAAUAUGAAUGUACAUAUCGCUUCUACACAAAUGAAAGAAGGAUUAUCAGAAGAGAAUGACGGAAAUUUUAGCUUAAUUAUGAACAUAGAGGAUAAUCCAGAUGACAAUAUAUAUAAAAGGAUGAGUAAAAGAGUAAUGAAAAUAGAAAAUAAAAAAAAUCAACUAGAAAAAGAUUUAUCAUAUCAGAUCAAAUUAAAUGAAAAUGUGAAUUCUCGCUUAAAGGAACAAAUAACACAAUAUCAAAAGAUUACAUAUUUGUUAAAUGUAAAGAAUAAGCAGAAUGAAUAUUUGUUAGAUUUAUUAAAAAAAAAAAAUGAUUACAUGGUAGAUAAUAUAAAAGGGAAAUUGGAAAAUAAUAAUAUCCUUGUUAAUGCAGAUGUACAAAAUAAUAAUUUUACAAAUAACAAUUUUUCUUUCAAUAAUAUGAAUAAUAGUUAUAAUGUAUAUCAAAACUCUAGCGUUAUUCCUGAAAACACAUUAAAUGCUACGAACGCAAAUAAUAUGCAUAAUGAAAUAAAUAGCAAUAAUAAUAAUAAUAAUAAUAAUAAUAAUGCAGUGGAUAAUAUAAAUAGUUACAAUGAAAUUGCUUUCACUCAAAGUGUACAAAAUUAUAUAACUCCCAACGGAACUACAAAUGAUAAUAUACAAAAUGGUUUACAAAAUAAUAUACAACAAUUCUCUCAAUCUUUAAAUGAAUUAAAUGUUUUCAAUAAUGAACAAAUCAAAAGUGAUUUAUUAAAUAUUGAAAAUAAUAUAUCAAACACAUUGGGAAAUACAAAUAGUUAUUAUUUAAAUGGAAAUAAUAAUGCUAAUAAUAAUAAUUUUGAUUUUAAUUUAAAUGUAAAUGACUAUUCAAAUUUUGUUCCUGAUAAAUUACCGCUUUAUAACAAUUCACCUGACCUGUUCAUAAAUAAUAACAUGAAUGUGCUGAACGACGCUGGUACUAGCCAUGUUAAUUUUCCGAUAGCUAAUUCUCAAGUUGUUCAGGUAAAUAAUAAUUUGAUUGACAAUAUGGAAGCAAGUGUAAAAGACAACAUAUGUGUGGAGAAUACAUUAAAUGAAAUAAAAGCACCUGAAGUGGAAAUGCCAUCAAAUCAAAGAGCUCGUAGAAAAACAGCUGAAAAAUGUUUAAAAUUAAUAGAGCAAGAUAGAUUAAGCAGGAUGCAAAGUGAAAGCAAUGCUCAAUAA